AUGGAAAACCCAAAUCUAACCAAAUUAUCAUCACUAUUAAACUACGAAUCAUCAACUGUGCAACUUUCAAGGGAAAAACUACGCUUCACUACCCCAAAAUCACCAUUUAUUGAAACAUGUAACAAUCCACAACAUUUACAAUAUCACAAAUCUUUUGAUCAUUGUUUCCAAACCAAAAUCCACUUCAUCCCCAUAAUAACAAACCAAACAGACCCUUCCUUAGGUGAUUGUUCUUAUUUAGACACUUGUCACAAGAUGGAUUCAUGUCGUUAUGUUCAUUAUACAAAGCAUAUUCCCAAAAAUUUUGCUCAAAAUGAAGAACAAAUAUGUAAUUCAUUCAAUAACCAACUAUUAAACAAUGAAAAAAUUUCAUAUUGGAACAUUAAUGGUUCUAUAUCCACAAUUUCAAGAUGUCAAUUAUCACCACAAUGGAUCAAUUGCGAUGUACGUAAAUUUGAUUUCACAAUACUGGGCCAGUUCGCUGCAGUUAUAGCAGACCCUGCAUGGAACAUCCAUAUGAAUUUACCAUAUGGGACAUGUAAUGACACUGAAUUGAAUUCAUUACCAUUAUCCUCGAUCCAAGAAGAAGGUAUAAUUUGUCUUUGGGUCACUGGUCGUACUAUUGAGAUUGGUAAAAAGGCACUAAGUAACUGGGGUUAUAAAGUACAGAAUGAAAUCAUUUGGAUAAAGACUAAUCAGUUGGGUAGGACUAUAUGUACUGGACGUACUGGACAUUGGUUAAAUCAUUCAAAAGAACAUUUGAUCGUUGGUGUCAAAGGUACACCGAAAUGGUUGAAUAAGAACAUCGAGGGUGAUGUUCUUGUCAGUGGGACUAGAGAAACUUCAAGGAAACCUGAUGAGUUGUAUGGAAUGGUUGAAAGAUUAGUUGGACCUCAUGCUAGGAAAUUGGAGAUCUUUGGACGUGAUCAUAAUACUAGACCCGGGUGGUUCACCAUAGGGAACCAGCUAAAGGGCAAUCAGAUUGUGGAAUACGAUGUUCUGGAGAGAUAUAAUGCUUCAAUGAAUAAAUAG